AUGAUUUCAUUUGCCGAUAUUAGUGAGGCUGUCCAAAAUGUCACUGAUUGCAUUAUUAAGGCCGCUGAUGCUUCAAUUCCAAAGCGUACCCCUCUUCCACGCAAAUUUCGCAAACCAUGGUGGAAUGAUGAAUGUCGUAAUGCUUAUAAGGAACAAAGAAAAUGUUGGGGUAUUUUCCGCAGGUAUCCUACCACGGAAAAUCUUGUUGCAUUUAAAAGAGCAAGAGCAAAUGCUCGUCGAAUUCGGCGCCGCAGUCAAAAAGAAUCUUGGCAAAGUUUUAUAUCCACCAUCACUUCCAAUACAUCUAGUGCACAGUUGUGGAAGAAAGUUAAAGCGGCAAACGGAAUUUAUAAAGAAUUCGCUUUCCCCAUCUUAAAUACAGAAACGGCUUCAUAUUCCUCGCCACUUGAUAUUGCAAAUGUUAUUGGAGAAACCUUCGCUGAUGUUUCAAGCUCUGUUCCUAAUAAUCCGACUUUUCGUGCGAUUAAGAGACAAGCUGAACAAGUGCCUUUGAAGUUUAGAACCCGCAUGGUCCUCUCUUAUAACAAUAACUUUAAGAUAGUGGAAUUAAGGAACGCUCUUUCUCGUACUCGAGAUACUAGCCCAGGUGUCGACGGGAUUACCUACAGUAUGCUUCGCCAUUUAGACGAAACCUCUCUUUUGCAUCUCCUGAACCUGUUCAACAGAAUCUGGAGUGAGCAAAUUUUUCCUGAACAAUGGUAUGAAGCCAUUGUGAUACCUAUCCUUAAACCUGGAAAGGUUCCUACCAAUCCCUCAAACUAUAGGGCAAUUGCUUUAACUAGUUGUCUCUGUAAAACGCUCGAACGCAUGGUAAAUGCCCGUUUACUCUAUGAACUGGAGAAAAAUGGGUAUAUUUCACCUUUCCAAAGUGGUUUCCGUCGAGGACGUUCUACCAAUGACAACUUGGUUAUGCUUGAAUCUCAAAUUCGAAAUGCAUUCGUCCGGAGAAACCAUCUAGUUUCUAUAUUCUUCGAUAUAGAAAAGGCGUACGAUCGUACGUGGCGGUAUGGCAUCCUCCGUACUUUAGGAGAUUUUGGUUUUAAAGAGCGACAACUUCAGAGGGCUGUUAACAAACUAAUUUCAUGGUGUGAUGAGAAUGGACACACGCUUUCCCCUGAAAAGAGCCGCUGUGUACACUUUUGUCGGAAACGGAGUCUCCAUCCUGAUCCUGUAAUACAAAUUCGAGGUGUUGAUAUUCCAGUCGUUGAGGAAGUACGUUUCUUAGGGGUCAUAUUUGACCGAAAACUCACUUUCCUUUCGCAUGUUCUUCAUCUGCGAAAGAGGUGUGAAAAAUCCCUCAACAUCCUAAAAGUUCUCUCGACUACAAGAUGGGGGGCAGAUCGAACAUCUUUACUUCGUAUCUAUCAGUCUGUUAUUCUGUCGAGAAUUGAUUAUGGAUGCGAAAUAUAUGGUACAGCUCGUUCUGGUGUUCUCCGAAAUUUAGACACAGUACACAACAGUGCUUUGCGUAUAUGUUCUGGAGCUUUUCGUACAUCACCAGUUCAUAGUUUGAAUGUGAUCUGUCAUCAACUUCCACUUUAUCUGAGACGGAAAAAAUUAUCUGAACUAUAUUUUUUCCGUAUUGAAUCUUUUGUCAAUCACCCUAUUCGUAGAAUUAAUUUACCCAUUGGCCUGGGACGAUUAUAUAAUGCACGUCCUUCUAAUAUCCUACCUUUUCGUGAAAGGAUAACAAGGACUUUCGCUGAUCCAGGAAUUUUAAAUCUGCAGGUUCAUAAUACUACCGCUUAUGCUUUGCCACCCUGGGAUAUCCCAGAAAUAUCAUAUCUUAACCCUUUUCUCGCUUAUGACAAGUCUACCACUUCAUCUGUUGUCUUUCAGCAACUUUUUCUAUAUCACCGCAAUGAAUAUUCUACACACAUUCCUGUUUUUACGGAUGGCUCAAAGACAGCUUAUCAAGUAGGUUGUGCUGUCGUCAUUGCUGAGGACACAGGCAGCUUUCAGUUGAGUACUUUGUGUUCAGUUUUAACUGCUGAACUAAUGGCAAUUAUGAUUGCUCUUGAAAAAAUUUCUAACCUCACUUACCACAAAUUCUGCAUUUAUUCUGAUAGUAUGAGUGCUCUGGAGGCCCUCAGCCAUCCUCAUACUAAAACACAUCCACUAGCUGUAGAUAUCCUACAUCUUUGGAGAGAUUUGCAAGCUCAGAACUACCAAAUUUUAUUUUGUUGGUUACCUGGCCAUGUUGGCAUUGUUGGCAAUGAAUCUGCUGAUGCUGCAGCAAAGACAGCAUCCACUUCUCUACAACGAGCUAUUCCCCUGACAUCACUUUGUGGCCGGUAG